CAGGCAAUGCUGCAGGACUGGUGGGCGGGGCUCAGCAUCCGGGUUCUUCCGCUGACCCCCAGCGUAACCCUGCAGGAUUGCAAACAUGGCGGAGCCCUCCCUCGGGAGUUCGAGCCCAGGAGGUUCAGCAGGUUCCGAUGACCAUGAUUUCGACCCUUCAGCGGACAUGCUUGUCCACGACUUUGACGAUGAACGCACCCUGGAGGAAGAGGAAAUGUUGGAGGCAUCAGAUGAGACUAACGUGAAUGAGAUUGAAGAUCUUGCACGGGAGGGAGAAAUGCCUAUUCAUGAGUUGCUGAGUCUGUAUGGCUACGGAGCUGGUUCACCUGCAGAGGAGGACGAAGAGGACGAGGAAGAACCAGAGGAGGAAGAGGAGGAUGAUGAGGAAGAGGAGGAGGAAGAGGACUUGGACAAUGAUGAAAGCAGUAGUACUGGGGAGUUGAAAAGGAAUGAGGCUGAGGGAGUGAAGAUCUCAUCAGGGCAAGGGGAUGAGGCCCAGGCAGCUAGUGAGAGCCGCACGCGCUCAGUCAGGUCCCUCGGCACGGCAGAACUAAUUCGCCCCCAGAAACUCAAAUACUUUGAAAAUAAUGAUGCAGAAGAGGAGUCAGAUGAGGACGAGGACUAUGUUCCAUCUGAAGACUGGAAAAAGGAGAUCAUGGUGGGCUCUAUGUAUCAGGCAGAAACGCCCGUGGGCCUGUGUAAAUAUAAAGACAAUGAAAAAGUGUAUGAAAACGAUGACCAGCUGUUGUGGAACCCCGAGUGUCUCCCUGAAGGCAAAGUAGUGGAGUUCCUGACGGAGGCAUCGAGGAGAACGGGAGAAGAGAAGGGAGUAGAUGCUAUCCCAGAGGGAUCCCAUAUCAAAGACAAUGAACAAGCAUUAUAUGAACUGGUUAAAUGUGACUUUGACACAGAGGAAGCUUUAAGAAGACUAAGGUUUAAUGUAAAAGCAGCUCGAGAAGAGCUAUCUGUAUGGACGGAAGAGGAAUGUAGAAAUUUUGAGCAAGGACUAAAAGCUUAUGGGAAAGACUUUCAUUUAAUACAGGCCAACAAGGUGAGAACUAGGUCUGUAGGAGAAUGUGUGGCCUUUUAUUACAUGUGGAAGAAGUCUGAGCGUUAUGAUUUCUUUGCACAGCAAACCAGACUUGGGAAAAGGAAAUACAACCUUCACCCGGGUGUCACAGACUACAUGGACCGGUUGCUGGAUGAGACUGAGAGCGCUACAUCCAGCAGGGCGGCAUCGCCCCCUCCGACCACCUCCAACAGUAGCGCCAGCCACUCAGAGAAGGAAGACAGCAGCAGUCAGAAUGGUAUGGCAAGCCACAUUUCAGCCUCUAUAGAGGGCACUCAGUUGCCACUAGCGAAUCAAAAGAAGCCUGAACCAACUCACUCCAACGGACCCUCCCAUCCUCUUUUGGAUGCUCCUCCCUCCGCCUCAGACAGCAACUCCAACGGCUGCAGCCAGCCCAGCGCCCCCAGCCACGACCGAAACGGGUCUCUGGAACCUCACCUAGACCACAGAGACGCCCCGGUGGCAUAUGACCGGCCAGCCAAGAGGUGCAGGACGGAAGCUGAGCCGCUGGCCCAAAGCGAAGUGGAACCCUCCAGAACACAGGAGAACUGAAAGCUCAGGAGUUGGGCGACUCAAGCCCAUAGAUGCUGAUUUUGGGGUGUUUUUUUGCUACUUCCCCGCUAUUGAUUAGGGUUUGAGAGGAAGGGGAUGAGGCAGCUGAGCCCCACUUGGCCCUGAAGCUCAGCAUCUACUCGGAGCAGUGACUCCCUCAAAGAUAAGGUCAGAGGUCACUGAAAACCAUACCUUGGACAAAAACAACCAACCAAACUCCAGCUGGUCCUCCAGCACUGGAGGGAAGGGCAGAGGCCUGAUUGUAAAGGAGCACAUGUUGGCCUACUGACUGCCCUGCUUCCAGCAGAGCUCAUCCCAAAGUACCACAGCUCGUCCCCACCCAGGCCAUCCUGUCAUCCUGUAAAACGUGCUCUUCUACCCAUCAUCUUUAUUCCCUUUUGGAGACUGAUCUUAAAUUUUGCCAAGAAAAGUUUUUUUUCCUCUCUAUUUGUAUUCAAAGAAAAUAAAUCACCUGUGAUAUUUUUUUACACCAGAGAUAUUUAUAUUUUUUAAAAGGAAAAAAAAGUACUAUGGUGGGUAUUUGCUGUCCAAGCCAUUUGAACAUUGGAGAAAAUGGGAGACAUGUCGUCGCGUAAAGGGUUAUGUACUUCAGUUGUCAAAAAGAGGCAAGCUAGGCAAACAAGAUAGCUAGGCUGGUGCUGUUGCUAGCUCACUUUAGUUGCACUUUCAUUGUAUGUUUCUCUUUUUUAUUGAUAUGGAGUGGUGAUGCAACCCAGCAGCAUUACACUUUGGCUCCCCUUUUUGGCCGCUUCCUUGGCUGUAUGCUAUGUUUUGAUUCUUAAAAAAAUAAAUAAAUAAACCAGUGGGUGAGCCCCCUCCCAGGUUUGUUUGUGUAAAGCAGCUGACAUCAGUGAUGUCCUGUAUUAUAACUCAUCAGUUAGAAGAUCGCUGUAUUUUUGGAUUUUCAUAGUCGGCGCUUUGCUCGUUUUCUUGUUUUUACUAGACAGAAUGUCCGUGAUUUUUAAUGUAAAGUUUGUAUAGAUUUCUUAUCUCGUGCAGUUGGUACACUUUUUGAUAACUGUCUUUUCAUCUGUCUGUAUUUUAUGGUCUUCCUUGUAUGCUUUUUGUUGAAGAACGUCUCGCCUUUGUUGCUCUAAGAUGGGAUGUAAUAAACUGUAGCCAUUCCUUUUUACUCUCCCACCGGCAGCACUUCCCAUUCCUGUGUUUGUCAUUGCUCAUUCUCAGAUGUUUAUUGCAAAAAGAAAAAAAAAAAAAGACCUCAUAACUCUUGUGUAUAAAAAUCCCCUGACGUAGUGUAAUGUGCUGCUCG